AGCAAAUACAUUCUCACAACCAGAUAUCCACCCACAAUGCUCUCUCUCAACUUUGUCAAACGACCCUUUUUCCUCACCAACUCUAGACUCUCUGCCACUCUCACCAGGUCGCUCUUUAUCCAAACUGCCACCACGCCCAACGAGCAGGCCUUGAAGUUUCUUCCCUCUACCAGAAUUCUUCCUGACGAGCAGACAAAAGAGUAUCUCAGUGGCAGAGAUGCCUACUCUUCUCCCCUAGCUAAAAAGCUAUUCUCCAUCGACGACAUAUCUUCUGUUAUGUUUGGCUCCAACUUCAUAACCAUCGCCAAGAAGACUUCCACAGACUGGUCCAUUUUGAAACCAGAAAUUUUUUCUAUCCUUACUGAGUAUCUUACUAAUGGAAAACCCAUCAUAGACAAAAACGCUCUCGAGGACCCAGAUACUAUCAUAAACGAAAAUGACGACGAAAUCACCUCUAUCAUAAAAGAACUUAUUUUCACAAGAAUCAGACCAGCCAUUCAGGAUGAUGGUGGCGACAUUGAAUUCAUCUCCUUUGAUUCUGAUAUUGGCAAAGUCAGAUUAAAACUAAAAGGUGCCUGCAGAACUUGUGAUUCCUCUUCUGUCACUUUAAAAAAUGGUGUUGAGUCAAUGUUAAAAUAUUAUAUUGAAGAAGUCAAAAUAGUUGAACAAAUCAAUGAAGAUGAUGAUUUAAUCGAUCCUUUGCCUGAUUCCAAAAAGUCUUCAACCAUAAUCAAAUCGAAAGAAGUUAAGUCAAAAGAAUUGGAUGAUGACAUUCCACCCUCCCUAUAGGUUUUCCAUAAUCUAUCAUACAGCACUCACCAUUCACCAUUCACCACUCACCACUUACUAUUAUCUUUAUUUAUUUAUUAAUUAAUUAAUUAAUCCUACUCACAUCUAUCCUAUAUUUUACAAUUUUACAAUUUGCAGUCUACAUUAUACAUUAUACUUCUUUCAUGAAUCUUAGGAUAUCUUUACUAUUUUUUAUCAUUUUAAUUUCAAUUUUAAUUUCAAUUUCAAUUUCAAUUUCCCUUUUUACUUUAACUAAAACUUUAACUUUUCUCAUCAUUAUU